UCAUUCUUGACAUCUAUAUUCUUUAAAAAUGUGGCCGUCGAAUAGGGGUCCUACAUUGUUUCAAUAUUCAAUCAGGUGUCUAGGAUUUGUGGCAUUUAUCGGAGUUGUAAGAUGUCACUGUCCUCAUAUGAUGGGAGUUAAACCUCCGGGACCACCAUCUGGACCAAGCCCGCCUGGUAAAUUUCCUGAUGGAGAUGAGGGAUGGGAUUACGAUGAGACAGCUGCACCAGGAAUUGUUCCAGAGCCACAUUUUAUUCAAUCUACGUAUAUUUAUAGAUCUCCAAAUGUUCAAGAGAAGACAUUUUCUUCGAGAGUGGUGAAUGUACUGAAAGAUAUCCGAACAAGGCUUGCUAAAUCUGCAAGACUUACAUUGGAAAAUGAGAACAUUGAAUGCUCUUCUCCUACAGAUCACUAUAGGUGUCAGGAAUAUCCUGCUUCAGGAACUUGGAAUUAUUUGAUUGUUGAAGAUCAACAAAAAGGGGCAGUUACGUAUACAUUCGAUCGAAAGUUCAAUGAGAAAAAUGAUGGAACUAUUGAAAUGGCACUUUUGGAUGCAUUUUCUCGUCAUUCUCCAUCAUCUCUAAUUGCAUUUGCAUCAUCUGAAGCUGAAAAAGAAGUUGGAUAUAUAAGAGCUUUAACAGUUCAGGAAAUGGAUUCUUUGAGUGGAAAACGAAGCCAUCAAAAAAUCUCAAUGGAAAAAUUUGGUCCAAACGAGCUUAUACUUCUGGAGCCUGCACUUCUAGAGGUUCGAACUGGCGCGAAUCUCAAAUUGAACUCAGAUUCCUUGAGAAGAAUCGAUUCAACAAAAGAAUUUGAUAAACUUCUGGAGGAGUUCAGAAAUGUGUUCAUUUUAUUCUGGAAUAGCAAUAGAAUGGUCAGUCUUCAUACAUUCAAUCUCUGGUCACGAGUAGCCGACAAGAUAAAGAUUUCUGAAGACACUCUUUUGGCACAUGUUCCCUGUCAUGACAACGCUGAUUUUUGUCAGGGCCUCAACUCUGAAGACUAUCAUACUGUUGUCUCGUAUAGAAAUGGGCAGAAUACUGGAAAAACCGAGAAUAUUGGGGACGUGGAGUUUUACGAAAAUUGGGUUGAAUUAUCACUAUCCGGAGCGAUUCAAAGACUUCCAAAUGAAUCGAAGCUUUCCGAGUUUAAGAAAGGAAUUGUUGGAGGGAAGAAGCGAUCAUCAGUGACAAUUGGAGUAUUCCCAUCUGAUCAGGAUACAUCUUUUCAACACUUUCAAAUUGCCGCUGAGAAGUUAUCUGGAAAAUAUUAUGUAGCUUAUUUUAUAAACGAAAACUCAAAACCGGCCAUAACCACAUAUCGUCAUGCUGAAAAACAAAAAAGAACGGAUUAUUCAGGAAAAUUUGAUCCAGCCACUUUGAUGGAGUUUAUCACAAAAUCUUCGAUUCCUUCAAUUAUUGGUAUUUCAAAUGGUUUCACAACGGAUCUACUGUUUCAUCAAAAACGUCCAAUUCUUAUUCAAAUUGGCGGCGCAGGGGAAUUUGAGCCUUUCUCGAAGUUGUCUGCUCGGCAAGAUGCUCGGAAAACCUAUAUUUUCACAAAAAUUGAUGGGGAAAGUGAGAUGAUUAAGAAAACCAAAAAAGCAUUGGGAGUUGGGGAGAACGAAUCAAUAAUUGUGUUUUUGAACAAGGAUCGAGUGCAUCGAAUUCCAAUUUCAAAGCCUAAAUGCCCUGAUCAUCUUCAGAAAAUUCUCCAGAUGAUUAUUACAUCUGAAGCGGAUCAAGUUCUCUCAACAAAAGAGCCACAUCCAUUAAGAUAUCUUCAAGUUGAAAAAGUGAACGAAGUAUUCGGAUUCGAGGAGACUCUUGUUCUUCCAGAUCACACACUUUUCCUGGAUUCCGAUCCAUUCUCUCGUCAUCCACCAAUUACAGAGGGUGGUGGUGGUGGUUGCCCAUUUAUGCAAGGAGGUGGAGCACCAACAGAAUCUAGUCAACAUUCAGAACUUUGAUAUAUUAUCAUCAUGCAUAAUUUUUGAAACAAGAAUAACUAUUACUAUACAUUUUUAAUAAAAUGAGAAAAAACAU